CUGGUGCCCCUCGAGGAAUUGGAGAACCCGAAGUUCGUCGCCGAAGGCGGGUUCGGCUCCGUGUUCCGGGCGCGACAUAGGAAGUGGGGCCAUGAUGUGGCGGUCAAGAUCGUGAACUCGAAGUCGAUAUCCAGGGAGGUGAAGGCCAUGGCAAGUCUGCGUAGCCAGUACGUGCUGCUCCUGCUGGGGGUCACCGAGAACCUGGAAUGGGAGUACGUGUCCGGGCCAGCUCUGGUGACUCAAUUCAUGGAAAAUGGGUCCCUGGUGGGGCUGCUACAGCCUCAGUGCCCUCGGCCCUGGCCCCUCCUCUGCCGCCUAUUGCAGGAGGUGGUGCUCGGGAUGCGUUACCUGCACAGCCAGAACCCAGUGCUUCUGCACCGGGACCUCAAGCCCUCCAACGUCCUGCUGGACUCAGAGUUGCAUGCCAAGCUGGCAGAUUUUGGCCUGUCCACUUUUCAGGGAGGCUCACGGUCAGGUCUAGGGUCCAGAGAGCCAAGGGGUACUCUGGCCUACUUGGCCCCAGAACUAUUUGCUGAUGUAAACCGAAAGGCCUCCAUGGCCAGUGAUGUCUACAGCUUCGGGAUCCUAAUGUGGGCAGUGCUAGCUGGAAGAGAAGCUGAGCCAAUGGCCCACACAUCACUGGUGUGUAAAGCAGUGUGUGAGAAGCAGAUACGGCCCCCACUGACAGAGCUGCCUCAGUCCAGCCCUGAGACCCCUGGCUUGGAAGAUCUGAAGGAGUUAAUGCAGUGCUGCUGGAGCUAUGAGCCCAGGGACAGGCCCUCCUUCCAAGAAUGCCAACCAAAAACCGAUGAAGUCUUCAAUCUGAUGAAGGGCAAGAUAGAUGCUGCUGUGUCCAUGGUGAAGAAGUUUCUGUCUGAGCACAGGAGCAGCAACAGGAGAUUGUCUACCCCAGAGCCAGGCCAAGGAAGGACAGAAGUGGAUGGCUUUGAGGGAACCACAGAAGCCAGUGCUUCCAUGAUUUCUGAGAGACUGAACAACCUGAAUCUGGAGGGAUCCCUCAGCUCUUUUCUUGAAAAAUGCACAAGUCAUACUGAGAGGAGCAGGGCUCAGGAAGAGCAAGUUCACCCUGCCAGCACAGCAGGGACAUCUUCAGAUUCAGUGGCCCGACCUCCCCAGACUCCAGAGAACUUACCUUUCAGAAACCAGAUGCCCGGCCCCACCUUGACUGGGACUGCAGGUCUCGGACCCCAAGGGAAUCAGGAGGCUGAGAGAUGUGGCACAAUCUGGUCCUCCAGGGCCCCAGGAUCAAAUCCAACAACAGGGCCUCCAUCUGUUACCUUACACAACUGCGCUGGGGUGCAAAUUGGAAAUAACAACUACUUGACUACGCAGCAGAGAACUGCCUGGCCCACGCAGAGGCUUUCAACUUCAGGCAUGGGUAGGGGCUGGCAGAGCCUCCCACCAGUAGGUUCAAAAGAAAGAAGGCAAGAACCUGAAGCCUGGAGUGGGCCCCAGGGCCAGUAUAAUCAUAGUGGGAAUUAA